GUGAGUCCAGAGGAUGAUGAGGCUUUCCUGCCAGUGGAGUCUGAGCUAGAGGCAAACGGCCACCUGCGGUCACGGAUCGGACUGCCUCCCAAUGUCUCAGACUAUAUACUUCACUGCCCAGUGUCUGCCUGGCACUCGAAGCUGAAGCGCUUUAAGGUAGCAGCUCCUCGUUAGGCACAGAAACUCUUUGGACAUAUUAAGGGAAUAAUGAAGAAUGAAGUGUGCUGAAGAGUGCUGACUGAAGAGACCCUACAAAAACAAUGAAUGCCACGCACCAGCAUCACCAUGGAUCAUUCCACCUACGGAACCACAGCUCUGGAGCUCUACCUUUCAGCAAUCAGCAGCCCCAGGCUAUGGCGGAGAGAUUCCGUGGUUUGCCUGGGUGUUACGAGCAGCUGCUCAUCUCCACUGAGGUCUUCCUCACGCUGGGCAUCGUCAGCCUGCUGGAGAACAUCCUGGUUAUUGCCGCCAUCAUCAAGAACAAGAAUCUUCACUCUCCCAUGUACUUCUUCAUCUGUUCCCUGGCCGUGGCUGACAUGCUGGUCAGCGUCUCCAAUGCCACUGAGACCAUUGUCAUGGCGAUGAUCACUGAUGGCAACUUGGGGAUCGGCGGUGGCAUGAUCAAGAGCAUGGACAACGUGUUUGACUCCAUGAUCUGUAGUUCCCUGCUGGCGUCUAUCUGGAGCCUGCUGGCCAUCGCUGUUGACCGUUACGUGACUAUCUUCUACGCACUACGCUACCACAACAUUAUGACCGUGCGCCGGGCUGCCGCCAUCAUCACCAGCAUCUGGACCUUCUGCACCGUGUCGGGCGUCCUCUUCAUCGUCUACUCGGAGAGCACUACCGUCCUCAUCUGCCUCAUCAUCAUGUUCUUCAGCAUGCUGGUGCUCAUGGCCUCGCUGUACGUCCACAUGUUCAUGCUGGCGCGUCUGCACAUGAAGAGGAUCGCCGCUCUGCCGGGCAACGGCCCCAUCUGGCAGGCAGCCAACAUGAAGGGGGCCAUCACCCUCACCAUCCUCCUGGGGGUGUUCAUAGUGUGCUGGGCACCCUUCUUCCUCCAUCUCAUCCUCAUGAUCUCCUGCCCCAGGAACCCCUACUGUAUGUGCUUCAUGUCUCACUUCAACAUGUACCUCAUUCUCAUCAUGUGUAACUCUGUCAUCGACCCGCUAAUCUACGCCUUCAGGAGCCAGGAGAUGAGGAAGACCUUCAAGGAGAUCUUCUGCUGCUGGUAUGAUAUUGCCUCUCUGUGUGUCUCUGUGUGAAAUUCCCAGCAGAUACUGAACCUUAUGGAGAUACUGCAUGUGAACUGUUCAGGGACAGUUUCAAAGAAACAGUAUUAUAAUAUCUGUAAAUAAGGACAACUUUUCAUUUUUGCCUCAUGAGCCAAAUAACAAUUGCAAUAUAGUUGAACAUGACUAAUGUAACGACAUAUUGAUAGAUUUAUCUCACUACCACACAAACUAUUGAGUCAACACAUGUAAUGGCUAUCAUUACAUAGAGGUUUGUGACUAGUUUUUUUGCUCGUCUUUCUCAAGGAUUCCAAUCAUUUGGAUUCCUAUCUUUUUGAGAAAAACAUUUAUUAAUUGUUAAAACAUCCCC